AUGAGCUUUGAACAAGGGAAGCCUUUGACCCUUUGGAGGGACAUUGAUCCCAAUCCGCGCCCAUUGAAGAGCCCACCACGCAGCAAUGCAAAGCAUGUGCCCGUUAUAGGAGGCGGCAUCACUGCUCUUGUGACAGCCUGGGUGCUGCUCGAUCACGGCUACCGUAUCACCUUGGUGGCGAAAAGCUGGUUCAGCAAAACAGAACGUCUGACAUCUCAGAUUGCUGGUGCUUUAUGGGAGUACCCUCCUCCUGUUUGUGGAAAUCACUCCAAUGACUCGAACAACAUAUCACGUUUCAAAAACUGGUCAAUGGUUGGCUACUAUAUCUUCAAGGGACUCGCUGCCGAGACAAGCUUUGCUACUUCCUGUGGAAUUAAAACGGUUUCUUCAACAUUCUUUUCCCGGUCACGCAUUGAAGAUAUUCCUGAUAAGUACCAAAAGAUGAUUGAGAUCCAGGCCAGUGGGGUGCAAGGCUUUCGGCGGGACGACAAAAUUUUACAAGAGCGCGGUAUUGAUGCAAGCGCAGGUGUAGUCGACACUUUUGAGCUUUUAGCACCAAUCAUCGAUACCGACAAGGCUCUAGAGCAUAUCAUGCAUCUAGUCAGAAGCAAGGGCGCUCGAUCUGUCACUGAAUCAAUCGAACAAGAUCUCAACGACAUUGAGGAAUCUCUCCUCGCCCGUUUUCCCGCACACGUUGUCGUCAAUGCCACGGGCCUCGACAGUAAGGUCGUCGCCGGCGACACUACUGUGUCCCCGAUUCGAGGGGCACUGUUGCGCUUCGUGAACGAUUGGGUGGGCUACCCAAAGGUAGACCGGGCGCUGACGGCACCAUCCCCAGAUCUUAACAAAGAUCAGUUCAUCUUCCUCGUGCCUCGAAAUGACGACACCCUCGUGAUGGGAGGAGUCAGUCAGUCUCACCAGUGGGACCUGAAUUUGACACCUCAGUCGCCCGAAGUCGUACAGAUGCGGGAAAUGUGCGAAUUGUCCAUGCCAGCAUUGAAGAAUGGCUGCCUCGUGGAAGAGUAUCCCUUAGCGCAAGGCUUGAGACCUUUCCGGGAGCAAGACACAAGAGUGGAGAGAGACACACGCAGGAAGUGCAGUCGAAUCAUUCAUUCUUACGCUCAGGGUGGUUCGGGUUGGAGCUGGUCUUUCGGUUGUGCACAAGAGGUCCUAGAUCUGUUUGAGAUUGUCAUUAGAGAGACUCACAGUUCCGCACUUGACUGCGAAAGGUGUGCUGCACCUGCGCCUUAGAUUUUGCUCGGAGCCGCGACGGAAAUACCUGUUCUAU